CCUCAAUAAACCCCUUUUUGAAGCGAUUGAGUUUUUUAAUUUUAGGCUUUUACCAGUUUCUAUUUACAUGACCCCUCUUCACCUAUUUUUGUUUAUCAUAUGCUCGCAAUCGUUAUUCCAACACGCUCGCUCAGGAUGAUUCCACAGACGUACGCCGCCGCUUUUAUAACAGCUUGUUUAGUGGCUGGCUCUCAAGCCGGCCCCUGUAAACCUAGCUCCAGAAUAACUGAAGGCUUCUCCACGAGUGAUGUCUCGACUACACUCGGCUCCACAACUGCAUCCAGCUUAGUCGAAACCACUACGGUAGCAGCCUCCUCCACCUACUUCUCAAAUGAAGAGUCGAGCGUCAUUGUCACGGAGUCCACAAGCAGCACAGAGACGUCUGUAGACCCCAAGGAAACGUCUACCACUGCCUUGUCGACGGCCGAGGGCACGACGACCGAGAUUGCCACGACGACUGACGCUGCCACGACGACUGAAGCUGCCACUGAUACUGCCACGACGACUACAUCGGAGGCCUCAUCGGCUGUACCCUUCAUCAGAAAUGCUGGAUUCGACGAUGACGAUUCAUCUGUUGCGCCUUGGGAAACCUACUACGGCGAGUAUGACGUAUCCAUCGCCUCUGAUGUCAAGCAUGACGGACGCAAUUCUGCUCUCAUGGCCGCAACCCUAGGGGGGAAACUCCUCGGAGACUACAUCAAGCAGCCGCUCCGGGGUUCCAUCACUGCUGGUGUUACCUACACCAUCUCCGCUUGGGUCAAUGCAAACUACUUCUGCCCUGCUGCUACGCUCAUAUGCUCAUAUCAAAAUAACGCCUGGACGGAUCCCACGACUUUUGAUCUCACCACGAAGGCAGGCCAGUGGACGUAUAUUUCCUCGACUUGCACCUACACGCAAGAACAAAUUGAUUCUGGGGGCCUGUAUUUUAUGAUAGGGUUGACUUGUAUCGGCUUCCCGGGCCAAGCUUAUAUAGAUACUGCGGACUUCUCGGCUUAAGACGUUGAAUGGGACUAAUUGAAUUAUGUCGAAGUAUAGCAUAUGCGUAACAGAAAUUUAAAGAAAUCUACUUUUUAA